UUCAGUAAAAAUGGUCUCCGAAUCUAGUGAUUCGGGUAAUGAAAUCUCUAAUAAGGAGCUACUCAAAAAAAUUAAGAAACUAGAACGGAAAAUACACAAAAAGAAACGCAGGCACAGACAGCGUUCAUGGUCAGAUGAUCGCAGAUCAUGGAACAGUGGUCGUAGAUCAAGAACCAGAUCAAGGUCCAGAUCAAACAGCUUAAGGAUACGACAAUCCCAAAACCUUCAAAGAGAUAAUCGCAGCCCGAGAGGCUCGAUAUCUCGACAAAACAGUGAAGAUCGAAUCUCUCAAGGUUCGGCGAAUCACGUACUCGAAUUGGAUGAUCACAAUCUGCGAGAUGUGGCUUCCAUUGAACACCCUAUAAAUGAGGAACCUAAUACAGCAGCGUCGCCAGUAUUCCAAAUUCAUAACGAUGUGGACAUAUCAGAGGACCUUAUAAAGAUUCUAGGGAAGGAUCCAGAGCAAAACCCUGGGGAAAAUGCUGUCCUCCAUCCAGCCUUAACUUCUAGAUGGAACCAUCUCUUAAUAAACGGUCUAGAAAGGGAGGAAAAACUUUCAUUGUUAAAUAAAUAUGUGCUUCCCUCUAACUGUCAAGCCAUGGCUCCACCAGAAGUAAACCCAGAAAUCUUAAGCAUUUUGUCUCCUCCUAACUCAAACAGAGAUAAAAAUUUGCAAGGCCAACAAACCCAAUUAGCCAAAGGUCUAGUUGCUCUUUCAAAGGGAAUGGAGGUUUUAUUAACUAAUAAAAGGAUUCCAAAGGAAAUAAAAGAAAACCUACUAGAAUACUUAAGUGACUCGGGGCGCAUUCUGACAGAUUUGCAAUACAAUAUAACAAUGGUUAGACGAAAUCUGAUAUCCCCAAGCUUGAGUAAAUCGGUGAAAGAGGCUGUGGAAAAAACUAAACCAAUAAAUUUCCUGUUUGGCACAGACCUAACUGAAAAAGUUAAAGAGGCAAAAACCCUAGAAAGGACAAGUAAAGACCUAAGAUCCGCACCCUCAACAUCCCAAACCAAAGUGCAAUAUACACCUAUGGCCUAUAAUAAAUACCCCAAGAAAAGGGGGGGGGUCAACACCAGCCGUAAUACUAACAAUCCUUUAAACAGGGCUCGCCCGUCCUAUCGACGACGAGAGCCGAUGGGAUCACAGAAGGGCCACUUCUCGAACCCAGAUCACCGACAAUACAGGAAGAGGAAAUAAACAGACCAACAUCCUCUUGCAAAAAGCCUUAUCCUGGUGGCUGCAAAAUUAUCGCCGAGGGCUUUAAGCAAAAACAAAUACCCGAAUGUGC